AUGAGCUCCCACUCUACGCGCACCGCCAUUCUCUCCCUCACGGCCCCAGGGACAUCAAUUCUAGCACAUCUCCCGACAGCCUCCGCCACUCUUGCGCGAGAAAUUAACGAAUACGGCUCUAAGCUACAUGAAGAAAACCCCACCCGCUUCGGUUUCUUCGCCAGUCUCCCCCAUCUGACACCCGAAACCAUCCCUUCCGCAAUCGAGGAAAUCGCCUACGCGCUGGAUAUACUUCACGCUGACGGAAUCACCCUUUACACGCGGUACAAUGGAACAGGGUAUCUCGGACAUGAAGCUUUUGAGCCACUAUGGAAGGAGCUCAAUCACCGAAAAGCAGUAGUCUUCAUUCACCCGACAAACACCGCGUCGGACCCCCAAAAGAAGCCCGUUUUGGUCAAUCAGAAACUUCCUCAGCCGAUUAUCGAUUACCCGCACGAGACAUGCCGAACGGCCGUGGAUUUAAUCACCUCAGGGACGAUAUCUCGGAACCCCGACGUGAAUAUCAUCUUAUCACACGGAGGUGGGACUCUGCCUAUCCUCGCUACCCGCGCUGCGAACUUGCUUUACGAUGCAAGUUUGACUGAAAUUACGCCCGAGGUAUUUCUGGAGCAGGUGAAGAAAUUUUAUUUCGACUUAGCCCUUUCGGGAGAUCAUAGGAACUUGGAGUUGUUGCUUGGGAAGAAUGGAUUGGCAGAGAAGGGUCAUGUUUUGUAUGGAAGUGACUUUCCUUAUGCUCCUGUUCAAACUAUCAACACAUUCACCGAAUGGGCGAAAACCUACGGCGGGCUUUACAGUUUCCGCAUUGGAUCAGCCACUGCGGUCUUGAUCACAGAUCGCGAGCUCGUCAAAGAAUUGUUUGAUAAACGCAGCGCACUAUACAGCUCACGCCCUGUAUCCCAUGUCGGCCAGAAUCUCAUUACCGGUGGUGAUCAUCUCCUUGUCAUGAACAAUAACGAUUCAUGGCGCCUAUUUCGCAAGACAGUGCAUCAACACUUCAAGGCGGCUAAUUGCGAGAAGGACCAUGUCAAAUUGCUCGAGGCCGAGCAUACACAGAUGAUGCGCGACUUCCUCCUAUUUCCUAAAAAUCAUUUGCUGCACCCCAAACGAACUACUAACAGUAUUAUCAUGAGUCUGUUGUACGGUAUUCGUACCCCAUCAUGCGAUGUUUUGCAUAUGCAGCAACUCUAUGAAAUUAUGGAAAAGUGGUCUAAGAUUAUGGAGACAGGGGCCACGCCCCCAGUUGAUAUUUUUCCCUGGCUUAAAUGGAUCCCUCAACACUGGUUGGGUAACUGGAUUGAUCGGUCAAUGGAGGUUUGCCGUGGCAUGAAAGGGCUAUACGGAUCGUUCAGACGAAGGGCCAUUGAGGCACGUCAAAAUGCAGAGCGAAAUUCGCAGAUACGAGCCCACACGUUCAUGGACUAUGUCCUAGAUCUACAAGAGAAAGUUCGCCUUACAGAUAACCAGGUCGACUUCCUAGGCGGCGUGAUGAUGGAAGGCGCUUCUGACACAGGGUCCACGAUGCUCUUAGUUAUGAUCCAAGCCAUGGUACAACAUCCCGAAAUCCAGGAACAGGCGCGUGCCGAACUCGAUGCAGUUUGUGGAGAGAACCGCUCGCCGACCUGGGCGGAUUUCAGAUCUCUACCUUAUAUCAACAUGAUAGUGAAAGAAACAAUGCGCUGGCGGCCCGUCACUCCACUAGCCUUCCCGCACGCACUAAGCCAAGACGACUGGGUCAACGGGUAUCUGCUACCGAAAGGAACAACAGUAUUCCUGAAUGUCUGGGGUCUCCACCAUGACGAAAGCGUCUUUCCCAACCCCGAAGUCUUCGACCCGUCCCGCUAUAAAGGCCGACAUAAUCUUGCUUCCGACUCUGCUGCUUCGCCCGACUACAUGCAGCGUGAUCACUAUAUCUAUGGUGCCGGGCGACGACUUUGCCCAGGUAUACAUCUAUCUGAGUGGAGUAUGUUUCUCGGUGUCGCAAAACUGCUGUGGGGCUUUCGGUUUGAACACGAGGUAGAUGAGAACGGGAACCCCGUCGAGAUCGAUACCGACCCAAUUACGGGUUAUACCGAAGGAUUUCUUGUUUGUCCGAAACCUUACAGGUGUAAGGUUGUUCCUCGCUCUAAGGCGCAUGCCGAAACCAUCUUACGCGAGUUCGCGUCGGCCGAGUCUGGUUUUUUGUCUCGAUAUGCGACGCCAUAG